AUGGAAAAGAAAGAAAUAAUUAAUCCAGUGACCAAGAAAAGCGUUAAACUACCAGUAGCUAAUCAACUUGAUACUGUGAGUCCAGCAACUAGACUACUUGAGAAAAGAAGGUUAAUGUAUGAAAAGCAAGAGGAAUACGAGCAAAAGAAAAAGGAGUUUAAACAAAAUGAGGCUUACUUCAGAGAACAAGAAAAAGAAUUGAGAGAAAAAGAUUUGGAAAUAUAAGGAGGUAUGAUCAAGUUCAGUACAUUUUUGCAAGACAAUGAAAAGAAAAAGAAAAGAGCAGAUCAAAAGAUUAAGGAUGAAAGAGAAAGUAUUGAUCUUAAAGAUGGAGAAAUAUCGAAAAAGAAGGAAUACUUGAAGAUAUUAGAGGAGAAAUCAAAGCGUAUUGAGUUCAAAGUCUAAGCUAUGAAGAAGUACGAGCAAUAUUUGGACAAUGUGAGAGAUUGCAACCCAGAUGAGUAUCAGGAACUCUAGGAUAUUUUAUCUCGUUACAAGACUCUAAAAUCUUCAAAUGUUAAGCUUUCCUCAAAUCUUUCAGAUUUGGAGAAAAACCUUGAUGAUUUGAAGAACACUGUAAGCAAAUAUGAAAAAGAAAUGAAGACCGAAAUCAUGUCUUUAAAUAAUGAUAUUGCCAAUCUCCAGUAGAAGUUUGAGUAGAUUGAGGAUCAGAAGAACAAACUUAAGAAUGAAGCUGAGGAGUCUAGCUCUAAGAAGCUCAGUAAAGUAUCUGAUCUGGCUAGAAUUCUCAUGGCUAUUGACAACUUGGAAAACAGAUGUCUUAAUAGAAAGGAUAAGUCUGCUCUUAAGUACCCUCUGAAUAGCUUGAUGAACUUGGAAGAUCCAAAGAACUUCAACAUGUUCCAAAAGAGAAAGGAAUAUGCUAAGGCUUAACUUCACUUUAUCGAGCAAUACUUAAAAGAUUUUAAAGCAAUUAUCGAUAAUAUCAAUGUCAAUAGAGUAGAUAUAAAAAAGAAAAUUGCAGAGAAAAGAGAAAAUAAUGUCUACAUUUGA